GUAACACUACUACUUGGAAAAUGAAGGAUAAAUAUUUGUUGUUUAUCGCCCCAAAAAAUACGUGCUUUAAUUUACGAGGCAUUGCGUAGUUUGAUCAAUUCAUAUUUCAAUUUUGUCAUAACUUCCAGCUUCCCACCGCGACCAAAAUACUUCGUGCAGGUUAUGUUACAAAAGUAUCUCUUGAUUGGUUCUGAUUAUUUUGUCUGUGCCCCCUCAAUACCCAGGUGUCUUUACUAAGAGUAUUUUUUUUCUGUUUACAACGUCACAUUUAACUCAAAUUUAAAAAAAUGGACAAUUUAAUAAAAAAAAGUCCAGGGUGAAUUUUUGAGUUAUAACCAAAUGAUAACAAAUGUGAAACUUUACAUCUUCUGUGCUUAAGAGUAAUUUUGAUUAAUUGAUUAAAAUGAAUCAACAGGGUCCCCCUCCAUGGGGUUACCCGCAAAAUGUUGCGUAUAAUAGUAAUCGCACUGAAGGUUACAGAGGUAAUUUCACUCAUAGAAGAGGCAGAAAGUCCAGGUGGGGAAGCCCAAAUAAAAAUGACAAGAAAGAAGGUGGCUCUUACCCUCAAAGAGAUACAAAUUGUAGUAGUACCCAACAAUAUGCUGGCCGAGGAAGAAGUCCAUGGCAAAACGGGAGGAGUUUGCUUGGUAGACCACCUCGGGGUAGUUUACUGGGUAGACCACCUCGGGGUAGUGUUCUGGGUAGACCACCUCAUAGUGGGUUGCCAGGUCGAUCACCCAUUAACUGUCCCACCAGUAGACCAUUCCAUAGCCAGUGCGAAGAAGAGGAGGAUGAAAAUGAGAUUAGCAAUUGGCUGAAAUCAAAUAAAGAUAGGCAACAACCAGCUAUUUUGGAAGAUGUCAGUAAAGAUCCCUUGCCUGGCUCUGAAGAGGAGCGAGAGUGUAGUUUGAAAAAGGCCACAGAAGCCCUAAAACAAUCACUCAAAAACAAAAUGACCGUGAACUUAAAUAAAUUAUUAACAGAGGAAGAAGAAAAGCAAAGCAAAGCAAACCACGCUCUUCCUCCUAAAGUAUUAACUCAGCCACAAAACUUGUUCCAACUUAACUUGGAUUCAAACGAUUUGCGCGCCAUUGGUUGUGCCAACACUGUCAAUAAUGACAAUAAUUCAGAUGAUGAAAUAAUAGAACUUACUCUACCGCCAUUACCGAAACCUGACAUAAUUCAAAUAGAUGACAGUCCAAGUAAGUCUUCUGACUUUACUGAAAUUUCACCAAGACAAAAGAAAACCCCAAGGAAAAAUUUAGAAGUGCUAAAACAAAACAAAAGCAGUGAAGAUCGUCAAAAUAAAAUUAUAAGUGACCUACAAAAAAUAACUAAAAACAAACUGAGGGAUAUCAUAAAUAACCCCAGGUCGGGGAAAUUUGACCAUGCUAUGAGACAAUUAAUGAAGGCCCAAAGAGCUCAAAUUUCCCAAAAAUCACGUGAAGUUGCAGAAAAAAAUUUGACGAAUUUGAAACCCACAGAUGAAGUAGUAGAUGAUAGAACUGUGUUGGCAGAUUUGUCCAUUGAUUGGGCAAAUCUGCCAACAGAGUUAAUAAAUACGCUGGGUGAUUUAUUUAACUUUGAAGAGGCCGCCAGCGCCAGCUUGUCACCAGAGCCAGCUCGCUGUCAGGGUAAGUGGCCAAAUGAUGCAGUUACAGAUAUAGAUAUCCAUGAGGACUUUGGAAUUAAAUUGGAAACCAUUUCCACUGAUAUCAAGGAGGAUCAAGGAUAUCAGGAAGAGAUCUCUCACCCCACAGUAAGAGUGAGGGGAUUUGCACGGGAAUUUACAAGUGAGUGUGAAAGUGGCAAAGCUAAAAACCAUCUAACUUUUACUACAAAAGAAGAACAUUCUAUUGAUCCUAAUAAAAGCCCCAAUAAAAAUUUUGAGAAGAAAGUGAAGUCUGAAGUACCAAAGGAAAAGGAAAGCACAAAAGAAAACCAAUUGGCGUGUCCUGAAAGAAACUUAAAUGAGAAAGAGAAGCCGCAGCCAAAGGAAAGUGAGGAACGUGUCUCACCUACUCUCUCAAAUUGUGAAAGUGGCAAAAGCACAAAAGAAAAACAAUUUAUUGAUUUGGCUGAAAAAAGCUUUAAUGAGAAAAAGAAGCCGCAGCCAAAGGAAAUUGAGGAACGUGUCUCACCUACUCUCUCCAAUUGUGAAAGUGGCAAAAGCACAAAAGAAAAACAAUUUAUUGAUUUGGCUGAAAAAAGCUUUAAUGAGAAAAAGAAGCCGCAGCCAAAGGAAAAUGAGGAACGUGUCUCACCUACUCUCUCCAAUUGUGAAAGUGGCAAAAGCACAAAAGAAAAACAAUCUGUUGAUUUGGCUGCUUGUGUGGACAAAAGAGUAGAUGAGACAGCAAAGUCUAUACUGCCACAGGAGAAAGAAAAUAGCGAAAAUGCCUCACCCGUUCCCUCAGAACUCACUCAAAGUGCUACAGUCAACAUCCAAACUCCCAUAAUCAUGCCCAUUUUUUGCACGCCUAUCUUGGCUGGUAGCAACAAAAAAAAUACAAAUAACUUGACAACCUCCCAGAUCCAACAAAGAAUAAAUGAAAUAGACGAAAAGCUUAAAUUCCUUGUAAUGGAGAGAUAUACUUUAAGUGAGACGUUAGCGCAAAGAUUAUCUGAAACUUCCAACAUGGAGAUGGAUGUUGAUGACGACGAAUUACCUCUUAACAAAAGGAGGCUUUCCACUGUACCCAACAAUCAAAAUCGUAAGAAGAGGAGGAUAGAGGUAGAACUCGUUGAUUUAGAUAAUAAUAAAACCAAAAGCAAUCAGAAUACUAAAAGUAGCUCACAGGAAGGAAAGAGUAAGAAAAAGAAAGAGGGAGUUGUCUCCUUGAAGAAUAAAUCAUCUAGCAGCACUCCAAAAAGUAAUGGAAAAGUUGUGGAAGAGUUGAAGAGUAAAAGUAUAGAAAAACCUUCUUCUCCAAGAGAUAAUGUAUCCCAAAAUGGGAUACAAAAAGAGAUUAUCCCAAUUGCUAAUAAUGGAACUGUGGCAAAGGAAUGUAUACCCAGAAUGGAUGGUUAUAUUUUAGAUUUAAAGGUGUACAAAGAAUCAUACUUAGCUUGUUCCCAAAACGGCAUUACCUACCAAAAUAAAAUUGAAAAAAAUCAACUUUUUGCUUCAUAUGGAGAUAAAAGUGUACCUGGGUUAAAUUGUAUUGAUGUUAUGGAAGAUACCCUCUUUACUGGUGGUGAAGAUGGUUUUUUAAAAUUGUAUAAUAUUGUGCAAUUAGGUGCAAAUGAAACAAAAUUUAAUAUCAAACCCCAAAAAAUUUUAAAUUUGUCUAAAGCCAUAUCUGUAAUAACCUGUGAAUGGGGCACAGCUUAUGUUGGGACUAAAGCAGGAUCUAUCUGCCCCUUUAUUUUAAAAACAGAAAAACUGGCUGAGACCAUAACCUUAGAAGGGUCUGCGGUGUUAGCAAUUAAAUCGCACAAGGAAGGCCCUCGAAAAGUUAUAAUAAUUUCAUGUAGAAAUCAGCCGAUCACAAUACGGGACGCUGAGUCUGGGCUUUUGCUCAGACAGUUUGGAACGAUGCAGCAAACUGUUUACUGCUUAAAUUUACAUGAUAACCUGCUCUUUUGUGGAACAGAUGGUAACCAUAUUUUAGUUUAUGACUUCCAGGGAGGCAUAUUAAAAUAUAAACUGUCUACGGGAAAAGGAAUUGUAAAUAUCGUCCAGGUAGACGAGGUUCUUUUUGCUGGUUCCUAUGAUGGGAACAUUUAUGUCUUUGAUGUUCAGGAACAAAAAGGUUUAAUCACUCUACGAGGACCUGGAAAAAUGAUUUUAUGUAUUUCUGUUAUAAAUAAAAAAUUAUACUGUUCGUCAAAAAACUGUUCUACUCUUAUGGUGACAGAUUUAUCUGUGAAAAUUAAGUCAGCUAUGGAUAAAAACAGAAAAUUGAAGGGAAUACUGUAACCCCAAGACAUCUUAGCAGGCCAGUGAAAUUAAUCACAUGCAAUUAUUGCAAGAAACAGAUGUGGUUAACAUCUCAGACAAAAUUAUUGAUCUGACCAGUUUUCAUUUUUUAAUGAAAGGUAUAAUUUUGAAGUUUUAAUCAAAUACUACUGUAAAUUCUUUUCUUUUGUGUAGAUCCAGUAAGCAUGCUAAUCUAAAACAUCUACUGUGAUAAGUCUUGUAUUUGUUUAUAGUCACAUUUUUCUUCAAUGACUUUUCCUCACUCUCCUUAACAAGUUGCCAUUUUUUGCUGUAUGAGACCUUUUAAGUGAUAUUACAUAAUAAUGUUCUGUACUCCAACCUCUGCUCCUUUUUUUAUCUAAAAAAUAAACAUCUGGACCUUA